UGUACUCGCCAGUCCGUGAUGACGAGUAAGACGAGCCAGCAGGACAACAGCCUGCAUGUUUUUUUUUUUUUUGUAUCCACGCGUGGAUCGUUGUAUCUGCCGUCCGCUUCUGCUGCGUUCGAUGCUGACCUCAUUUUGACCGUCUAGUUUCGAUUCCCCCCAUCUGGCCACUUUCUUGAGGUCAACCACCAGCUUGUUUGCAAACAAGAGUCGGGACCGUGCAAGGAAGACUUCCCCCCGCCCCGAUGCAUUGAUGCAACCCUUUCAGUUGUGCAACGGCUGCUUCUGUGGUCUGAUUCAGGACUACUCCAACAAGUCGUGCGCCAUGCCGCCCAUCACCUUCCAAGACCUGCCCCUAAAUAUCUACAUGGUGAUCUUUGGCACGGGCAUCUUCGUCUUCAUCCUCAGCCUCAUCUUUUGCUGUUAUUUCAUCAGCAAACUUCGACACCAAGCCCAGAGUGAGCGGUUUGGAUACAGAGAGGUGGUUUUGAAAGGAGAUCCCAAAAGGUUGAAUCUGCACGGGCAGACGUGCGCCGUGUGUCUGGAGGACUUUAAGUUUAAAGACGAGCUCGGAGUGUUGCCAUGCCAACAUGCUUUUCAUCGAAAAUGCCUGGUCAAGUGGCUGGAGGUGCGCUGUGUGUGCCCUAUGUGCAACAAACCCAUCGCCGGCCCCCCAGUGCAGCACCACAGCAUCGGUACCCUGCUGGAUGAACUGGUGUAACCUAGCAACCGCAUCACACCUCGUUUGUAGUGGUGGUAGGCACCAACAGGGGAGAAGUACCAGUGUUUGGCUGCUGCAAGGACAUCAUAAGGGAUCUUUGGGUCUGGCUAACCAACCAGAAAAAGACUCUGUUGAGGGAUGUUGUUACCUAGCAACCCAACCCUAAGAUGGGAACAUGGAGGCACCUUUUUGAUAAUCUUCAACCACCCACACAUCCGUGCUUCAUCAGUCUUCACUCCACAUCUAUCUCUCUCCACGCAUCUUCCCCCCGUUUUUUGUUUUUACAGCCAGAAGUGUUCAGUUGACUCCCGUGGGAACAUCGAGACGACCGCAUGAGUGUACAUCCGCGUAAUGUGAAGAAGAUGAGGACAACACACUGUAGCAAGGACAUGGCGAUCAAAUGUGGCUUAAAGGAGAUGGAGGUUCUUCUUUUUUUUUUUAAAUACCUAAUUUGAACUACGAAGUUCAAUUGUAGCAAUCAAACACCAACACAUUAAUACACCCUUUAUGGUGCAAGUGACCAAUCAGCAAAUCAAGGUAAUGAUAAUAACGAAAAACAUUUAUGAAAUAAUGUAAACAAAUCUGGGCUUCACGGUGGUAGAGGGGUUAGAGCGUCUGCCUCAAAAUAUGAAGGUCCUGAGUAGUACUGGGUUCAAUCCCGUGCCCCGUAUCUUUCUGUGUGGAGUUUGCAUGUUCUCCCCGUGAAUGCUCCCACCUCCAAAAACAUACACCUGGGGAUAGGUUGAUUGGCAACACUAAAUAGGCCCUAGUGUGUGAAUGUGAGUGUGAAUGUUGUCUGUCUAUCUGUGUUGGCCCUGCGAUGAGGUGGCGACUUGUCCAGGGUGUACCCCGCCUUCCGCCAGAUUGUAGCUGAGAUAGGCACCAGCGCCCCCCGCGACCCUAAAGCAGUGGUUCUUAACCUUGUUGGAUGUACCGAACCCCAUUAGUUUCAAAUGAACAUUCACCGAACCCUUCUUAGUGAAAAAUAUAUAUAUAUUUUUUUUAAAUUCAAGACAGUUAUGUGUUUUUGGUAACACUUUAGUAUGGAGAACAUAUAAGUAACAAAGACUUAAUCUAGAGGUUUUUGGACACUGGGGGAACAUAUUCUAAGUAACAAAGACUUAAUUUAGAGUUAUUUGGUUAAGGUUAGGGCCAGGGUUAGAGGGUUAGGGUUAUAAUGAGGCCAUGCCAAAUAAGGCAUUGAUAAGUACUAAAUAAUGACUAGUUAAGAGCCAAUAAGUCACUAAUGUGCAUGUUAAAAAGAAACAAUAAUUAAUGGUGAAUAUGUUCCCCAUACCAAAGUGUUACCAUGUUUUUUUUACUGGUGCACAAAAUGAACAUCACCUUGUUCACUAAGGCAUUAAUAAGUACUAAAUAAUGACUAAUUAAGAGCCAAUAAGUCACUAAUUUGCAUGUUAAAAAGAAACACAAAAUCUAUGGUGAAUAUGUUCCCAAUCCUAAAGUGUUACCAUGUUUUUUUUACUGGUGCACAAAAAAAACCAUGCAUGAAGAUCACCUUGUUCAAAGAACAAAACCAACACAGUGCAUAAACUCACAACAAAUUACACACCUGCAAAUCAGUGUUACUUCUGAUGUUGCCGUAUCCGUAAUACGCCGAUAGCGAGAAGUUUUUAUUGAGACAAUGAGUCUGGUGUGUUUUGACCUCUGUCGAACCCCUGAGGCCGACUCACCGAACCCCAAGGGUUCGAUCAAACCCAGGUUAAGAACCACUGCCCUAAAGGGAAUAAGCGGUAGAAAAUGGUUGGAUGGAUGGAUAUAUGUAAACAAAUUAUUACAUCAUCAAAUGAGUGAAAAAUUUAACAAUAUAAAUAUAUAUAUUUGACAAAAGUGCGGCAUGAUAUCAACUAGUACAAAAUGAUAAUUGAAAAAAAGAAUUAUGGUUAAAGAAAAGUACAUGCACUUGUUUUACCGUUUUGUCCAUUUGCUUACACACAUUUUUACUAAUUGUGUUUUUUUUUAAAAAGGAUUUACAGGCCUACUGAAAUGAGAUUUUCUUAUGUAAAUGGGAAUAGCAGGUCCAUUCUAUGUGUCAUACUUGAUCAUUUCGCGAUAUUUAUGUAUUUUUGCUGAAAGGAUUUAUUACAGAACAUCGACGAUAAAGUUUGCAACUUUUGGUUGCUAAUAGAAAAGCCCAGCCUUUACCGGAAGUAUGUGCGUGUGACGUCACGAGUUGCAGGUCUCCACACAUAUUCACAUUGUUUAUAAUGGGAGCCACCAGCAGUAAGAGCAAACCGGACCGAGAAAGCGACAAUUCCCCCAUUAAUUUGAGCGAGGAUGAAAGAUUCGUGAAUUAGGAUAUUGAUAAUGAAGGACUAGAAAAAAGAAGACAAAAAAAGCGACGGCUCCAGGCGGAGGCAGUGUGAGUGUUUCAGAUGUAAUUAGACACAUUUACUAGGAUAAUUCUGGAAGAUCCCUUAUCUGCUUAUUGUUUUAAUAGUGUUUUAGUGAGAUUUUAAAGAUUGUAAAGACAUACCUCGAGGUCGGAUGGCUGCGGUGAACACGAAGUGUCUCAGAGAGAAGCCGAGGAGCCAAGCUCACAGCUGCCCUUUAAACAGCUGCUGCAGGACGACGAAUAAUCCAAUGAUGUCUCCGGUAAGAUAUAUAUCACAAUUUCCCCAUCCAAAAAUAUCCUGGUUGACGUAGAGAACCAUGUUCGCUUGACCGCUCUGUGUUAAAGCUUCACAACAAACGAAGAAACACCGGCUGUGUCUCGGUGCUAAAGACAGCUGCAAUCCACCGCUUUCCACCAACAGCAUUGUUCUUUAUAGUCUCCAUUAUUAAAUGAACAAAUUGCAAAAGAUUCAGCAACACAGAUGUCCAAAAUACUGUGUAAUUAUGCGGUUAAAGCAGACGACUUUUAGCCGCGAGUGGUGCAGCGCUAAUAUUUCUUGACAGUUUGUGACGUCACCCGUACGCGUCAUCAUUCCGCGACGUUUUCAACAACAAACUUGCGGGAAAUUUAAAAUUGCAAUUUAGUAAACGAAAAAGGCUGUAUUGGCAUGUGUUGAACUGUUAAUAUUUCAUCAUUGAUGUAUAAACUAUCAGACUGCGUGGUCAGUAGUAGUGGGUUUCAGUAGGCCUUAACACACUUUUCCAAACACAACAUUCAAUUUUCUUGAUUCCUAGAUUAUUUGCAAAAUGACGCACUUCGGUCAAAACAUAUGCCCAUUCCUCAAAAUACAGCAAGCAUUUGUAAAAAUGCAGUUUUAUUGUCAUCUCACACACACAUACUUCAAUUAGUAAAACACUAUUGGAGUCAGUUACCCACAACAGCAAUGAAUACAAAACACAUUUAUUAAAGAAAAAAAAAAAACUAUUUUACUAUACGAAAUCACAUGUUUGGGGCAUUUCGCCCGACCGUUUUAGCAUAUGUGAUGAAUGGUUACUGUAACUUGACAAAAUAAUUUGGCAAAUCCACAGCAAUCGUCAUUGUUUACUUUGAAGUGGGCCUAUAUGUAAAGACCUAAAGAAGUGCUCAACAAUGAUACUGCAAACUGAAAAUAUGUAAAAAAAAUGUACCACAGUCAGGUAAAGUAACAUAUCACAGUAGUCAACAAUGACAUGCAAUACGAAUUAAAAUCUGAGACAAAUAAAAACGUUUGGAAAAAAAAAAAAAAUCUGUCUCGCUGGACAGGCCAUAGUAUUUCAUCCACAUCACAUAUGCAGGAUUGGAAUAAUAAUAAUAAUAAUAGAUUUUAUUUGUAAAAAGUACUUUACGUUGAGCAAACAACCUCAAAGUGCCACAGUGUAAAAAAAAAUAGUAAUAAUAAAAAUAAAUAAAAUAUAAAACUAGAAACAGCCCAAGAGCUAGAACCAGCAUGCAUGUCUAUGAAAAGGCGUGGGUGUAAAGCAUUGUGUGUAAUAUUUUGCAAAAACUGUCUAUGCCUAAUAUUAGACAAAUCUGCACACUGAUUUUCCUUUUACUGUGUGCAGACUUUAACUGUGAAAAUGUAAAAUGUAGUGUGUAAACAAUUGGAAAAAACUGUAUUAUGACAAAUCAUUUUUUGAAAAUGUUACUAAAAUUUACUGUGAUAAUUAUAUAGGGUUAAACUUGCUCCAUAAAGGGGUUAAUGUUGCAUAUUAUUGUGUCUUAACAUGUUUUUUUUAUUGCGUUGUCACUCACUCAAUGGCCACAGUGUUACCUGCAAAAUGUAAUGUGAUCUAAUACAAUAACUGUAUGAGAAAUAAUGAAGGUAAUAAUGCUUGAAUUUAACUAUUUAUUUUACUACUUGUGGUUUGCAGGCAGUGGUGAAUGACCACAUGUGUGCUAAAUAUCCAAAUAAUAGCUGACAGUAUGAUGCAGUACAGCUCCGAUUUGAUACACCAUAACCACUAUGUAUAAAUACUACAGAUUUUUUUUUAAAUUUCGUAUCUUCUGUAAGAUUUUGGAGCUUUAUUUGGUCUCGUUAGAUUUUGCAGGUGCACCCGAUGAAGGGGCUGAAAUGCCCAAACUACAAUAUAGUGUUGCAGUUCUGUGAUGUUGUAUUUUGAAGAUAAAUGCACUUUGAGUUCAUAUUAAAAAAAAAACAUAUCAGAUCGUUGGGAUUUUAAGGCUGCAGAGUCUGCAGCUUUGUGAGACAAUAUUGUUGGUUCUUCUGUACAUUCCACUGCUGUUUUUUGUCUUGUUUUGUUUUUUUUUGACAAAAACAAGUGUAAAUUAUGACGCAAAACACUGCCUGACCUGAUCACAAAUUUCACAAAGCACAUUACUAGUACUAAUGAUAAUAUGAAGCCAAACAAGUUCCAUAUUUUUGUAAACUAACUGAUGUAAAUAACUGGAAGCCACAAGAAACCCACUUGUCUAUUUCACUCAGCUUGUUGAUGUGUUGAUAUGCAGAAUGCAUGUGGCGCCAUCCUCAGGUCAGAUCAGAUAUUAAAAUGGUUUUGUAUUCAUA